GUGUGUCAUUCACUUUCCAUUUUAUUUUUCUCAUUUCACAAAAGUAAUGUCAUCUCUGUUGAAACCUCGUCGUUAACUUCCCUCACUCUUUCACCUUUUCUGUUUUUUUUUUUUUUUUUCUUUUUUACUUUUUUGUUUCCCCGGAAAAUUUUCUCUUCCAAUGGAUUCUGGCGGCAAGGCGAAGAAAGGCUUCGCCGGCAGAAGAGGCGGUGCCGGUCCUAAGAAGAAGCCUGUCUCUCGCUCUGUCAAAGCCGGCCUCCAGUUUCCCGUCGGCAGAAUCGGUCGCUACUUGAAGAAUGGCCGUUACUCUCAACGAGUCGGAACCGGCGCUCCGGUUUACCUUGCUGCUGUGCUUGAGUACCUCGCUGCUGAGGUUUUGGAACUGGCUGGGAAUGCAGCAAGAGACAACAAGAAAAACAGGAUCAUCCCGAGACACGUGCUCUUGGCUGUGAGGAAUGACGAGGAACUCGGGAAGCUUCUUGCCGGGGUGACAAUUGCUCAUGGUGGGGUGCUUCCGAACAUCAACCCAGUCCUUCUUCCAAAGAAAUCCGAGAGGGCAGGGACGGCAGCAAAGGAGCCUAAGUCUCCCUCCAAGGGUACCAAGUCCCCCAAGAAGGCCUAGCUUAGCUUAAGUUCUAAUAUGCUCCACGACUACUCAAUUUCUGUAUUUAGAUUGGAGCUAUCUUCAUGUUUAGGACCGCCUUUUAUCUGUUUGUGCCUUUAUAUAUUGUAGUAUAUUCCUUUGUGUUAUCCCAAAUCUCAGUUGAAAUGAUGUAAGUUUUAACAUCUCUUAUGAAUGUUUGUAUCUUCUCCACUGAUGGGUUAAUGUAUGUAGAAGGCUUUCUGAGA